CGGCAGAUCAGCUAUUAGAAAAGAAAGAUCAGCUAAGUCCUUGGGACCUGAUCAGCUUAAGACAGGAGCUACUGAUUUCAACUGCUUUGGCCUAACUCUCUCCGAAACAAUGAAUUAUACAAGUUUUAUCUUAGCUUUUCAGCUUUGCGUGAUUUUGGGUUCUCCCAGCUAUUACUGCCAGGCUGUGUUUUUUAAAGAAAUAGAAAACCUUAAGGAAUAUUUUAAUGCAAGCAAUCCAGACGUAGCGGAUGGUGGAUCUCUUUUCCUAGAUAUCUUGAAGAACUGGAAAGAGGAGAGUGACAAAAAAAUAAUUCAGAGCCAGAUCGUCUCCUUCUACUUCAAACUCUUUGAAAAUUUAAAAGAUAACCAGGUCAUUCAAAAGAGCAUGGAUAUCAUCAAGGAAGACCUGUUUGUUAAGUUCUUCAACAGCAGCACCAGCAAACUGGAUGACUUCAAAAAGCUGAUUCAGAUUCCGGUAGAUGAUCUGCAGGUCCAACGCAAGGCGAUAAGUGAACUCAUCAAAGUGAUGAAUGACCUGUCCCCGAGAUCUAACCUAAGAAAGCGGAAGAGGAGUCAGGGUCAGUUUCGAGGCCGGAGAGCACUGAACUAAUGGUCAUCCUGCCUGCAAUAUUUGAAUUUUUAAAUCUAAAUCUAUUUAUUAAUAUUUAAUAUUUUACAUUAUUUAUAUGGGGAAUAUAUUUUUAGACUCAUCAAUCAAAGUAUUUAUAAUAGCAACUUUUAUGUAAUGAAAAUGGGUAUCUAUUAUAUAUGUAUUAUUUAUAAUUCCUGUGUUGUGUGACUAUUUCACUUGACCUUUGUUUUUCUGGCUAACUAGGCAAGAGUAUGUGAUUAUAAGGCUUUAUCUCAGGGGCCAACUAGCUAGCCGACCUACAAAGACCCUGUGGGUUGUGCAUUUAUUUCCCUUGAUGAUACAAUGAACACUUACAAAUGAAAUGAUGCCCUCUAGUCACUGCCUGUUGGAGAACAUGUCUGCAUUGUGACCGCUGCUUUAAUGGCACAUCAGACAGCACUUGAAUGUUUCAGGUGAUGUGACUUGUCCCCAGAUAAAGCAUAGUAUCUCAUCUCAUGCCUGGCGCGUCAGAAAAUUGUUGACAACUGUGACUGCACCCAAAUGGAAAGUAAUUUAUUUGUUUAGUUUACCAAUAUUUAAUAAAUAUGAAUAAAGUAUAAUU